AGCCUUUCGAGUAUAGCCAGUCGCGAUCGGCGAUCGGCGAUCAGUGAGGGCCCAGCGCUCGACAAACACGCGCGUGCAGACAAUGGAAGGAGUAGACGGCACGUAGAGAGAGCAGAGCAGUCUUAUCGUGUCUCGGUUAUACUCUUAAAAAGCCGCGCUCAGUUCUUCCCCGGACAGACAGUCGCGGGUAUCAGAAUGGACGAGAAGCACCAUCACACGACUACCGGUCUGGACAAUCCUGGCUUCGAGCCGACCUCCAGGAGGAUCAGCCAGACGUCCUUCGACACGAACCCAGUGAUCGAGAGGAAGAAAUCGAUACUGCACAUAAGCAGAUCGGCGAGCUUCGAGAACAUGCACAAGCACGACAUGGAGAACGGCCGAUCGCACAACUUCCACAUGGCCGCGAGGAAGAAAUCGGCUUUCAGUCUGUCCAGCUCGAUCAGGGAUAAGGUCGAGUACACCGACGAGCUCGAGCGAUCCUGGCUCUACCUGUUCUGCACGCGUUGCCACGGCCGAGCCGAAGCCGAUUCCUGGGAGCCGACCGGCUGGCGACGCGCCUGUCCUCAGCCUUUCUGUCCGACCUAUCGGAAAUUCGCCCGGGUCCUAUGUCUCCUGCUUCUGGGACUCUUACUCUGGGGCGUCGUCUACUCGAUCAUCGGUGAGGAUGCCGCACCUGGUGGACCACUCUUCGGACUGGCUUGUCUCAGCAUAGCCGCCCACUUUGCCGGAUGGCUCGUCACGCUCGCCAAUAUGCCGGCACUCAUCGGCAUGCUGCUCACGGGGAUCAUACUGCAGAACACCGGCCUCGUCAGCAUCGAAGGAUCUUAUGCCAGGGUCGUCGCCGACCUGAGGAAAAUCGCUCUGGUGAUAAUCCUGACCCGUGCAGGUCUGGACCUGGACCCGGAAGCGAUGAAGAGCAUGAAGAUCACGGUACCGAAGGUCGGCCUGCUGCCUUGGCUCGUCGAGGCUCUGGUGGUAUCUGUGGGCACCCACUACCUCAUGGGUCUACCCUGGAUAUGGGGCUUCCUCCUGGGCAGCAUAAUCGCGGCCGUCUCGCCAGCCGUCGUCGUGCCAUGUCUCUUCAGGCUCAGGUCCAAGGGAUACGGCGUCGCCAAGGGAAUUCCAACGCUGAUAAUAGCCGUGGCGGGUAUCGACGACGCCGCCUCAGUCGCCAUCUACGGCAUCAUCCAUAGCGUCAUGUUCUCCAACGACGCUCUGUGGUACCAGAUCCUUCAAGGGCCUAUCGCCAUCGUCGGCGGCAUCGGAUUCGGCGUCAUCUGGGGCGCCCUGUCCAGAUACGUACCGGAGAAGGGAGACCCGUUCAUGGUACCGAUGCGAGUGCUGAUGUUGCUGGGGGGCGGCUUGCUGGCGGUCUUUGGCAGCGAGUUGAUCAACCUGGGCGGAGCUGGACCUCUGGCGGUCGUUGCCGCGGCUUUCGUCAGCUGCUACUUGUGGCAGAAGGACGGCUGGGAACCGGACGACAACCCGGUGGCGACAUCCUUCGAGAUCUUCUGGAUGAUCUUCGAGCCGAUCCUCUUCGGAGUCACUGGUACGCAGAUCAAGCUGGGCGAGCUGAACGGCAACACGGUCUACAUCGGUAUCGGCUGUCUCCUGGCCGGCAUCGUCAUCCGCAUCCUGGUGACCGUCCUGGUGGGCAUAGGCUCCCGACUCAACCUCAAGGAGAAGAUCUUCAUCGCCCUGGCUUGUAUGGCCAAGGCUACCGUCCAGGCAGCCCUGGGUCCAGCUACCCUGGACAAGCUGGACCCCAACGACACGGAGCAACGCGGCCACGGCGAGAUCGUCCUGAUGCUUUGCGUCCUCUCCAUCCUGCUGACCGCACCAACUGGUGCCAUAGUCAUCAUGCUCUCGGGGCCGAAGCUUCUGACCAAGACCAGGGCGCCGGUCGCGCCGACUGGACACAACAGCUCCUGGAGGACCAGGAGGCCGUCCAUCAGGGACAUAUCCAUCAUCAAUGAGAUGCCCGACCUGGAGGAGACCACCCUGCCAUCUAGCGAGACGGCCGCGAACUCGAACUCGUCGCUCAGCAACCUGGGCAACAACCUGGUUCACCACAACAACCUCAGCCACGUGCUCAACCACGAUAACAACCAUCGAUAACGACGUGUCGUCCUGUUUCGUCCUCUGUAUCAUAUUAACUGUAUACCAUGAUCGUCAUCCCCUCAUUCGUUCCAUGUUGUUGUCUCUGCAUCAGAAUGUGCCUUCGAUAUUGUUAAGGAAGAGAGAUAGAGAGUUAGCUCGUAAGUUUACUUUAUGAUAGCCGAUAUGUAUUUUGACUCUACUUAUUAUGUGACGACGUGUUAAGUAGACACUCAUUUUUAUACAUGUCUCUUAUGCCUUCGUACAUCCAUCCCUUAGCCCUACUACAUUGUGUAUAUGUAUAUCUCAAGAAAAAAAGAAGCACAUGUAAAGGAGAGUUAUAUAUUAUAUAAGAUUAACUAAUUUUUAGAUCUCUACAUAAAAGCGACAGUCUUUUUAUUACGAAUGAAAGCUUGUGCAUGUUUUAUUUAAUAAAUAUUAGAAAAUACGAUUA